GGAGUUCCUUUGGCCAUAAGGGUGAUUGCAGGUACCCUUUCAUCUAAGAGCAACAUGGUUGAUUGGGAGGUUAUAAGAGAUAAACAAGCAUUGUUAGAUGGGGAUGACGAGGGAAGGAUUUUGGGUACUCUUAGAUUGAGUUAUGACAACCUGCCUUCUGAACUGAAACCGUGUUUUGUUUAUUGCAGCCUGUUUCCGAAAGAUUCUAACAUUGAUGUGAAAUUGUUGGUACACAUUUGGAUGGGGCAAGGAUUUAUCAACUCUAGCCGGUCGUCAUCUGCUUUAUUUGAGGUUGGAGUUGAAUAUUUCAAGAGUUUGUUGUCCAUGUUCUUUUUUCAAGAGCCAAAAAGUGAUCGAUGGGGGGAUGUAUAUCAGUGUAAGAUGCAUGAUUUGAUUCAUAAAUGAACAUAUUCUUUUGAACUAAUAUAAAAGCGGUCUCCUACAACGUUCCUUUAUUUUUGUCUCUGCAGGAUGUGGUCAGAUUGCAUUGCGAGAUUGACUUGUAACCUGUUCCAAAGAUGCUUUCUGGGCUAGUUACCAAACGUUCUCUCACGGGUAUUUUGAUGCAUACACACGAGACUUAUCGCAACCUGCAUGCAUAUCCGACAAACUAGUGAUCACAUCGCCGUCUGCAGAGUUAUUUGUGAGACCUCUGUGGCGUACAAGCUUGUUCUUUUGGACCAAAUUAGACAAUUUAAUUUCAUGUUUCUUAACAAUAGUUGCAUCUUGCUUGUUUUCUACCAGCUUGAACUUCCACCAUGUGGGGACUAGUUCUGUUCUUAUCUCUUUCUUUGUAACAUUUGUUGUAUUUUGGAGUUGUGUUCCUUUUGCGCCUGGACAAGAAUUUUUCAGUGAAGAAGAGGAGGAAGAACUGCCCUUGGGCAUUCCGUCUCCAAGGUACACUCUUCUUAACGAUAUCGAUGAACUUGAUUGCCUGGUUGUUUGGUUGGUCAAGCUUGUUCCACUUGUUGUUCUCCGUCAAGGGCAUUGUUCCUUCUUGGACAUGAUGUAAUAUCUUGAUUUUAGUGGUUGUUUCCCUGAAUGUUUGACUGCUCUUAGAGCUGGAUCUCUUUUGUAUAUAAUGUUUCUCAAUCUUUACUCUGUCAACUGUUUUUUUACCAUUUCUAAAACUGAGAUUUCACAUUAGGUAUGUGGAUGGUAUCGGUGAGUUCAACAAAAUUCUCUUGUACAUUUACAAGACCAAGCAAUAUCAUCAGAAGUCUCCACAGUAUGAACAAAUACUGAAGAAGAAUGAGCAAAUGUAUGCCCUGCUUGCAAUUUGCCUCUCAUUUUGCCCUCAAAUGAAGCUUGUCGAUGAGGCUGUAAAUGCUCAAUUACGCGAGAAAUAUGGUGAAAAGAUGGGUAAAUUGCAAAGAUAUGAUGAUGAGGCUUAUGGUGACAAACUGAGCAGAAGGCAAAGAUAUGCUGAUGAGGCAUUUGGUAUCUAUGAUGAACUCUUUUCAUAUGCAUGUCCCAAAUUCAUUACCCCUUCAGCUCCGAGUUUUGACGAGCCUCUCGUAAAUUACAACCAGGAUGCUUAUAGGCUGCAGUUGAAGCUUUUCCUUUCUGAGGUGAGGCAGCAGGAGUUGUUAGUUGGCGCUCGAACCUUCCUUAAAGUAUACUCAACCAUAUCACUUGGGAAGCUUGCCAAUUAUUUGGACGUGGAUGAAUCCACGUUAAGGAUGACAUUGAUGACGUACAAGCACAAGACUCAUGCUGUUGAUUCUGAUGGAAAGAUUAUCUCCAAUGCCGAUGUCGACUUCUACAUUGAUGAUGAUAUGAUACGUGUUGUGAACUCCAAACCAGUGAAGCGAUAUGGCGAUUUCUUCUUGAGGCAAAUUGUAAAGCUUGAAGGAGUGAUCAACGACGUGGACCGGAUAAAGGUGGAGUCAGCCAAUUGACUGUUGCAUUUCUUUCAUCCGACCAGAUCAUGUAGUUCUACCAGACAUCGGCAGAGAUUUCGUUAUAUUCAUUCGCAUUUUGCGUAUGAAUCGUGUGUUGACGCUAGUGAAAAGCUGCAGCUCUAUAAGACUGGAAGAAGCACGCUGUCAAGACUUUGGAAUGGAUAGAUUAGAUCCUGUGUUUAGUUGCUGGCGGCAUGGUUUUCUUCCUCGUCUUGUUUGGAAUUGGUUUCAGUCAUAUUUGCUCGCAUUGGUCGAAAGACGCCGGAAUUUGGGUGAUGGAAGGUUUUGAUUUUUGAAUGAUAGUUUAUGUCAGCGUAACAAAGAACAAUUCAUUUAUUAUGUAUACAAAAAAAAAAAAAAAUCAAACUACGAUGGAUUCCAAACAAUACAAGGAUAAUAACGAUCUUAGAAAACAAUGAACACAGCUUAGCUUAGUUGACCCAAAGCUUACGGAUAAACUACCAGUUAUGUUGGAAUGGAGAUGGAGCGUGGGAUUAGUGUCCUAGUUGGAAAUCAGUAUGAACUGAGAUCAAUGUAGUCAAAAUCGCGCUUUAAAAUUUAAAAACUUACGAUUUUACGUUUCUAGAUCACUAAAACGGUUCUACACAAAAUCUUAGUUUUUAUAGCUUAUGUAGUUAAAAAUUCCGCAUUAUAACUUAAAAACUUACAAUUUUACGCUUCUAGAUCACCAAAACGUUUAUACGUAGAAACUCGCUUUUGACUACAUUAACUGAGACUAAGAAGCAAGUUCGCUAGCGGAUGAAAGAAAAUACAGUGUCCACU